AUGCCUCCUGAGUACAUUAAUCGCAAAAAGCAGGAACUCACUGAGUUGAGGCAAGGAAAGUUGAUAGCGAAUGAGUAUUAUCGAAGAUUUACUAAUUUAUCCUGUUAUUAUCCGGACGUUGUUGCCAAUCCGACGGAGAUGCUUCGUCGUUUCCAUUUGGAUACUAAGAAGAAGUGGCGUUCUAUGGCGACCACUACCCCUUGUGACACUUACCAGGAGUUCUAUGAGAUUCUGUUGAGGAUUGAGGAUUCCGAGAAUAUGCCCAGCGAGAGUGAGGAGGAAGAAAAAGAUGGUAACCAGAGAAAAGAUGACAAGGGCAAGGGUCAGGCAUCGCUCAAAUCUCGCAAGACCCAGAGCUUUAAGCGAGGUGGAACCAGUUCUAGUUCUUCUAGCGGUGGUUUUGGUGCCACUGGUCAGGGUCGUGGUGGUAGAUUUGCUAGGGGUACUAAAGGCCAGAGGCAGGGUGAUGCUGGUAGAGAAAGAGCUCCGGGAGAUGCUAUUCCUUAUGCCCUAAGACAAUAUCCAUAUCCCCAGGAUCCAUAUUCUCAGAGUGGGUAUCCCCAGUAUUCUGGUGGCUAUAUGUCGUAUCCUCCAGUUCCAACGGGUGGAUCUCAGUGGUACCAGGGAGGACAACCUCAGCAGGGGGAGAUUGCUGCUAGUAGUGCAGAGUCUUCAAGACAGUCUGGUCAGCCUAGUCAGGGGUGUAGUGCACAGAGUCAUAGUGGUCAGAUUAGUAGAGGUCGUGGUGGAUGA